CCUCCACUGUUCACGCGCCCACCGUUCCUUUGGAGUUGAAAAAAGAUUUUUGGUACCGUACAGUGUUGUCGCCAGGGCGGGGCGUUUAUGUAGAUCGAGCUAACGUUUGUAAUUACAGAUCGCAACCCAAUAUCUCGUUCCAAUGGAUCAUCUCGAAGACUCUCCUCACGUGCACCGAACAGACUAAUUACUACUUGGUUGUCAUACAGUUGUAGGUCUCUUUCCGUUAGUCUAACUCGCUAGAUUUGGUUAUCUCGUGCAAAGGCUCCCCCCCCAAUCACCUUUAGUCUCUCUAGGUGGUCAUCUGUGGCCUAGCAGUCGAAGAAAUCGGCCUGAAGUCAGCCUGAUUUGGCUUUACCAGUGAUGCAAUUUUGUUGCUGGAACCGACAAACGUCACGUAGCUGUGGUUGCCUGAAGACUUCCGUAGAACGAUACUCACGACCUCUGACCGUUGGGUCAGGCUUGUUCUAUAACUAUUCUACUGGAUAUCUGCAUGCCCUUUGCCACUAUGCAAACGUAUAUAUUGUAGGCUGUUGCAGACAAACGCUCAGCAUUGUAACUCAACGUUGCAAGUGUGUUAGUGAAGUCGGGAAGAGAUGGGAAGUUUCAUGAUCAGACGUGUCUUCGACGUAUUGUCGAUCAGCUUGAUGACUGCCUUGCUGUUCAACGUGGAUGGCGUUUGUGGAAAACCGCUAACGAGAGUGACGAGAAACACUGAAAGAAACUGCAACGCGUUUAAAGAUUACUUCGUCAUUUUGACGUACGACCGCACGAAAGUACUGACGGUCUUACCUCGCGGGCAAGGACUAGAGCUGAGGAACGUGACAGAGAAGCUCACACUGAGCAAUUUGUUUAGCAAAACCAGCGGCUUGUAUCCAACGUUUACAGCAUACGCAAAGCAGCGCAAACUGUCAGUGGAUGAUGAAGGAAAAUUGACUAUUACGAACAAUGCAUCGACAUUCUACGCCAUACACGCCAAUUUCACCCGCAAAAAUCUAACGUUCGAAUACUACUUGCGUGCGCUAACAAGCGGUACCAAAUGUGGUGGAGGCGACUACAUUGUCUCUCCUUACAAACACGUGGAGCCACACAAACUGACCAGCACGCAUGCGGCCUGCGCACAUGAACCUCUAGCAGCAGGAGUUGAUGGUCUUGAUUGGAAUGAGUAUGUCUUCUUUUUGGAGGAGGUGAAUAGCAGCAGACAUCUCAGUGAAGAACUGACGCAACUUUGUUGCAAGUAAUGAUGGUAUAGAAUAAUGCAAACUCGUAGUUAACGUUUUGCAUGUAUAUGUUAGAUCUAAUAAACAUAUUUUGCAUUUUUUUAUAAUUGUUGUAUUUUUGGUAUUUCUUAGGCUUGCAAUGGAUGUUUACUAUUAGAAAGAGUUAUUUUACUUUUUUUGAAUUUUAUAAUAGAAAACAAUCU